CCUCCCCCCUCCCUCGCGCCUUCCUGCCUCCAAGUGCCCCUCGCUCUUUUUCCCCUUCUCCCGAUGUCUGCCGAUGUCCCUGCGUCGCCCGAGAUCGUCCCCCUGACGCCGGCCGACGUGACGGCCGGUCUCGGGCGGCCCUACGCUUACUACAUCGCCAGCCGGGGCGCGUGGCAGGAAUCCUGCCAGCCGGAGAUCAAUGCCCUUGGAGACAGUGUUGAUGAGGCGCUUCUUCGCCUGGAUGAGCGCUCGGCCCUCGUUCGGGCAAUGCUCAACCAGCAGAUUUCCGACUCGGCCGAGGCCCAGCGCGAACUGGCCGCCGUCGCCGAGCGUCUCUCCACCGUCUACCAACAGAUCGAUGUGCUGGAUGACAUCGUGGCCCGAGUCCGCGCAGCUGUCCAGCAGAUGGCCCUGGCCGUGGACCAGGCCGAGUAUCACUAUGAUCACUCGCCCACGGUCCGGCCGACGCCCGUCGAAUCGACCUAUGGCCAUGGCGCAGGUCAGCCCCCGGUGCCGGCGCAGACGCCCAAGGUGCCCCCGACCGCCUCCCCCUCCCCCUCCUCUUCCUCUUCUUCCACCUUUGGAGUUCGUAGCACCUUCUCCGCCCUGGCAUCGCGCUGGUCGCGAAGCGUGUCCGAAGUGCUCUCGGUCAGUUCCUCUCCAAAAAUGCCCGUGCCCACCGUCCCGAUCAUGCCGGAGUUUCACCCGCCGCCGGUUUUCUCCGCCGAGGCCAUCAUCUGCCAAGCGCUGGAGCAAGGCGCCGUCGCCCGGGCAGCGGCCACGGCGGCCGCCACCGCGCCCAGUGCGGGCAGCAGGGCACCCGAGCCUCCGCAGAACGCCGAUGCUACUGUGUAAUUCUGAUAUUAUAUAUCCAAAUCACAUGAUGC